UUUCCUCCUUGGAGACGGACGGACUGUUUUCAAACCCACAGCAAUACAACUGGGAAACAGACGUCAGGCUAAUACAGCUACUGUUCAUGUCCCAAUCGUUUCAGGAAAAUUACUCUUUAUAUUCACGUUGUUCAUAUUCAUGGAUGAACACGAAUGAACAAGCGGAAAACAAAACGCAUUGGGAAAGGAGCACGAUGAGCGUGCUGGGCCGUAGCUGUCGUAGCUAGUCACACGGUGGGUGGGAGGGGAGGGAGUCCAUCCGCACCACCAGCAACACUGCACCAUGGCGAAACCCGGGGCCGACAGAGAUGGAUCCAUGGUGGACAAACCGACUGGGACGAAGAGUAAAGAUAAGAUUUCCCUCUUCACCAAGACUCCGAAGCUUGACCGCAGUGAGUUUCUGGGGGGAAAGGAAGGGAAGCCACCCAAGUCUAUCAUGAAACGCAAACUGUCCUUCACCGUGAGCCCCCCUCGCAACAAGGAGAGAGAAUCAGACACAGAUGAGUCAGACCCAGGCCAGUCCACUGAGUCCUGGGGAGAGUCUGAGGGGAGGUUAGUGACUCCCUGCAGGAUGUGUUUAGCAGAUAAAGAUGGUCCGGAUAAGAAGAAAGUCAAGAAGGAGUCUGGGGGUUUUGAGUCCCCGGUUAAUCUCCUGUUUGGCUAUCCUGUUUUUAGUCUAAUGGCCCUCCUGAUGCAGAUGACCCUGCAAUGCCCAGACUCGACCCCUAGCCACCCGUCCCAGGCACCCCCGGUGCAGAAGAAAGUCCCCAGCAGCACGGCCUCCAGAGCGAGGGACAAGGUGAACAAGAGGAACGAGCGUGGCGAGACGCCGCUACACAUGGCCGCCAUACGAGGGGAUGCCAAACAUGUCAAGGAGAUAAUCAGCCUGGGGGCUGAUGUCAACGUCAAAGACUUCGCAGGCUGGACCCCUCUUCACGAGGCAUGUAACCUUGGUUACUACGACGUGGCCAAGGUUCUGAUCGCGGCCGGCGCAGAAGUCAACACCCAGGGUCUGGACGAUGACACGCCGCUCCACGAUGCCUCCAGUAGUGGACAUACAGACAUUGUGAAGCUGCUGCUGAGACAUGGAGGCAAUGCGUUCCAGGCCAACAAGAGAGGGGAGCGGCCCGUGGACAUCGCUGAUUCCCACGAGCUGGAGCUCCUCCUAAAGGGAGAGGUGCCCCUCUCAGACCCAGAGGACAGCUCCUCAGAGUCUGAAGACCCUCCUUCGGUUAACCCCUCAAGUGUGGACGUGGAUGAUGACAACAUGGAUGACUCGGACAUGGAGAAAGUCUCUGAAGGCAAACGGAGCACCGUGAAGGCCUCACCCCCCAUGUCUGGCCUGGACGAGUAUGAGUUCAAAGACGAGGAGGAAGAAGACCUGAGUAAAGCCCUGAACGACAGACACAUCCUCCGGAGAGAGCUGAGGCAGGAAGAGAAGGAUCAUUUGGCCGUGAAGCAGAGCGGUAAAGGAGACGGGAGCGUCUCAGUCCAGUCCUCUAAGUCUAAGAAGACGAAGACGUCGUCCCGCAUCCUGUAUUGCACCUCGGAUAGUUCCAGUGAUGAGAUGGAGAUGCCGUCAGAGAGAAGGAGCUCUCCAACCUGUUCCCACGGCUCGGAGGUACACAAGGCGUCAGACGCCAGCAGGACUAAGAAAGAGAACCUCACGACUUCCGAAAAGAAAGGCAGCAAAGUAAAGAAGAAGAACAAGAGCAAGAGUAAGAACAAGGAGAACCAGGAGGAUGGGAAGGAAAACAGCAAAGCUCUGGUGUUCUCCGUAGCCACCGUGUCUGUGUCGGAGACACACGCGGACAAGAACAGCCGGGGACUCUGUGGGGACGAAGACUCGUUCAAGAUGUCCUUCAGUCCCAAGGAUGACUCGUCCGUCCACCUCUUCCAUCUGUCUGCCACCGUCAAGUCCCCCAAGCUCAACCACGGCCUGGCCGACAAGCAGCCGUCCUCCAACCCGCUCAAGCAGGAGAACGCCAAGAUGACGUGCGUCUCGAUUGCCGAAGGCCCCUGUCCACCGGAUGGUGUCAAGUACAACCACUACAACCCAGAGUCUGAGUUCUGCACGGAGAGCUCCAGUAGUAAAGGCUGCAAGCACAAGGAGAAGAGCAAGCAUCACCAGAAUGACAUCAUAAUGGACGUUGGUGGUGGUGCGGGGGGGGAAGAUGGAGGCUCCAGUCCGUAUAAUAAAGAUGGCGGCGUUGCCAACAGCGUGGACAUCUCUGAAGGUGGUGCCUUACGGAAGACUGAUAAGGACGGCAAGGUAGUCAAGAAGCACAAGUUAAAACACAAAGAAAAGGACAAGCCCAGGAGGGAGUAUGAGCCAGAGAGGAACCGCCACCGGCAGAAGGAGGGUGGCAGAAAGGACGGCCACAGGAACCUGGAAUUCGACCGGGAGUUCUGGAAAGAGAACUUCUUCAACGAUGACGAAACUUUGCCUCCAGGGAAAAUGGAGAGGGAGGACUGCGGAUCUCCUCAGAAUACCUCAACAUCGGGCAGCUCUCCUGUGAAGGAAGAGAGAAAAGAGACGAAAGAAAAACACCCCUCUAGCAUCAGCAGCAAGGAGAAAAGGCCGAGAAGAGAAGAGGAACGCUUGAAGAAGGAGAGGAAGGAGACCUCGGCUGUCUGUAAAGAGGAGAGGGGGGGAAAGGAUGGGAAGCUCAGUGAGCGUGAGGAGAGGACUGAGUGCCUAAGCUCUGUACGGGUUCCGGUUCCUGAGGAGACGCAGCGUGACUCCACCAGUGACGAACUGGAGGAGAAACCGGUAACGGGGACCACGUCUACAGCUGAUUCAGACCAGCUGGAUGCCUCUGAGAAAUGCCGGCGGGACAAAUACGACAGGAGGCCUUCUGUAAAGGAACGUGAGGUCGACAAGACGGAUAAAAAGCAUCCCGACAGAGAAAAGAAAGUCAAGAUUGAGCACCCUGAGAAAUCAGAGAAUUCACAGAAUUCCAUGGAUCGCUGGAAAGAGAGGGAAAGGAUGGCAUCCCCUGGUGACAAGAACCACAAAGAGAUCGAGAAGCUCAGAGCCUUGUCCUCGACUAAAAAAUAUGAGGAGAGCAAGGACAAGAAGAGCAAAGACAAGCCAGAUAAGAGGAGUGACAGGGAGAGGCAGGAGAGGGAGUACAACGCGGGAGAACACAAAGACAGGCCGAGCUUUGAUAAGAAAGGAAAACCACCUUUAGAGAAAUCCAUGGACCACAGUAAACCCGAUCGCUCUAAGGAAAAGGAGAAAGACAAAGACUGCGAUAAGAAGAAAAGGGAAAAAUCUAAAGACAGCGCUUCCUCAUCUUCCUCCUCCUCUUCUAACCUGAAGCUCCUCUUGGAGGAGAAGGGCUAUGUGUCUGAAAGUUGCAAGACAUUACCAGCAAAACUACUAAAGACAGAGGACCUCCCAAAGACGCCAGAGAAAGACCGAGACAGGAGAGACCGAGAAUCCAGAGACUCGGACAAGCACCGAGAUCGGGACAAAGACCGUUCCAAGGACCGUUCCAAGGAGGGUGGCAAGGCCAGUAAGACCAAACCCAACGAAACGGAGACUGACCGAGACAACCGGUCCAAAGCUAAAGCCUCGCCUGCCACCCGGGAAGAGCAGAAGCCCAAAGAGAAACGUCUGGUCAACGAAGACCUGAGGCAGACCAGCUUCGAACGCAUGCUGAGUCUGAAGGACCAGGAGAUUGAACAGUGGCACCGGAAACACCUAGAAAAGAUCAAACAAAAGGAGCGGGAGAGGAUGAAACAACGGCCUUCCUCUACGACGACAGACACAGGGAGGCUCAAAAGCAAAGCCAAAGCCAAGACUACGUCCUCGUCUUCUGGAGAACUGUGCUUGAGCAAAGAAUUGCUUCGCUCCAAGAGUUCUGAAGGUUCCUCCGACGUUCACUGUCGGGACAGAGACAAACCCCUUAAGGACAGCACCAGCUCCAGGACCAUGUCUCUGGACGGGAAGACACUCUCCUGCCUCAGUGGGAAGCUGAUGGCUGGUAUGGAGAACAGCUUGAGCAGGUCACCCAGGCCAGAAAGCGAGCGGUCGGGUCUUAUGUCCAGGUCUGUGUCUAUGAUCUCUGUGGCCAGCUCUGAAGACUCCUGUCAGGCGACAUUGCUGACACCGAGACCUAUUGAGUACGACUCGGAUAUGACCCUGGAAACCUCCCAGGACUUUCAGCUGCCUUUCCUCCUGUCUUCCUUCCUCUCAUAUCCUGCCGUUCACGACAAAGACGACAACAGUCUUCUAGAAGAGGCGGGGCAAGGUAACCAGACUCCGCUGCAGAGCAGACACGCUUCCCCUUGCCUUAGGGCUAUUCUGGACGAAGACGCUAACUGUGCGACGGCGUCUGAGUGCAAACCUUUCGAAACUCUGUCCAAGGUCGCCGUGGUUACUGCUGCUCAACCCAGUGAAGAGUCCAUAAGUGUUCAGCCUUUAGAAACCUGUGCGGAUCCGGAGGAGAGCCAGAGUCAAAGUGAUCCAAUUCAGAUGCUUCCGAAUCUUCCUAAUGCAAUAACAGAUGCAGAUCUCAACACUGAGAGUGAAGGGAACACUGCUUCAGGUGUCUAUCGCCCACAAGCGUCCAACACCAGAGAUCCUCACGUAAAGGACUCCUCAACACUUCAGCAGGCUAGUGUCCCACAGCUAGCUACGCCCGAACAGAGAGGGUUUUCUUCCACCUCUGAUCCUCUCCUAAUACGGGACGUCCAGUGUAUCCCCGUUGAGACCUCCAGUGCGGCGCCCGAAUGUAGCAUGAAAGACCUGCCCUCUGAGGACAUGACGCCACUGGUGACAUCAUCUUCUCUAUCCUGUCAACUGCCGUUCUCCAGCAACGAAACCACCUCAUCUCUCUCUGCUAGCCAGUCACGGGAAAUCCUUCCAAACACCAGUACGGUGACCUCACAGCAGACGAAGACAGAGAUUGAUGGAGAUCUGGUUCUUGAUUCUAAAGAUACAACUCCAGUUGAGAGUGGAGCUAGCAGCGCCGAAAACAGAGCAGCUGUAGAGAGCCUUCAGAGUGCGUUAGGAGCGUCUAGACCCGGAUGGAUGGACAACCCAGUAGCCUCCACCAGCAAACACCCACCACCCAGCGCAAGUUUAGAAGACUCCAUGAUGACCACCAGCAAACCCAAGGACUCUCAAGAGGAGAUGGACACUGACGGGAACAGUAAAGACUGUAAGAAAUCCAGAUUCUCCAGUGACAUUGUGGGUCCUAGCGAUCCUCAGCCGGACAAAAACCAUCCUACUGGCCAGCUUACAUCAUCCACUGUGUCGCGCUGCUCGAGCCCUGAACACAAGGAAGAAGAACCUUCUGCAGCUCCUGAGAAGUGGAGAGGUCCUGAGGCCAUGUCAACAGAAAAGACUAGCUGUUGGUCUUCAUCAGAGGGCAGUAGUAUGGUCACCGUCCCCGAGGUGAAGUCAGAGCCAUGCCAAGAGCCUACCUCCGAGGAGAGACCAGAAGGACAGACUCCCUCGAUUGUUGGAUCAGACCAGACCCAGGGUGUUUCUGGACAGUUUAGUAACUUCCAGCAGGGCUCCCGGACAGACCAGAGUGGUAGUAGUGGUAGUUACAGCUGCAGUGGGUUCUCUGCUAGCUCUUCCCCCCAGUCUGGGGACAGAGACUCUGACUCCUCCGGGGCUAAGGCCAAGGUCCACUCCGUAACCAUGGAUGAGGACCAGGACCUCCAGCAGACCCACCCCAGGAAGAGGAAGAUGCCCAGGUUGUCUACCUCCAACCAGGCUGGAGGCAGCAUGCAGCAGGAGUCUCUGGCGUCCAUCGUUGACUCUCUGAAGCUGGAGGAGAUCCAGCCGUACCAGACGGAGAGGGCCAACCCUUACUACGAGUUCCUGCACAUCCGCAAGAAGAUCGAGGAGAACCGCAAAGUGCUGCUGAGCGUCAUCCCCCAGCCGCCGCAGUAUUACGACGAAUACGUGACGUUUACAGGAUCGUACCUGCUCGACGGGAACCCGCUCAGCAAACUCUGUAUUCCAACUAUAACUCCCCCUCCGUCUCUACCGGACCAACUGAAGGAGAUGUUUAAACAACAGGAAGUUGUUCGUAUGAAGCUACGCUCCAACACAACACUCCUGUCUCCUUAUUCUAGUCCAACUCCACUCCCUCUUUUUCAGGAAAAGUUGAUUGUUUCCAACGAGCAGGAAGUGUUACGAGUCCACUACCGGGCCGCCAGAACGCUAGCCAAUCAGACGCUCCCGUUCAGUGCAUGCACCGUGCUAUUGGACGCCGAAGUGUAUAACAUGCCUCAGGAUGCCCAGGCAAGUGGCAUGAUGUCACGCGCUGUAGAAUCAGGUGACCAAGAUGGCAAGACGUCGGUGCGGGAUCGUUUCAACGCCCGCCAGUUUAUGUCCUGGUUACAAGACGUGGACGACAAGUUUGAUAAACUCAAGACGUGUCUUCUGAUGAGGCAGCAGCACGAGGCAGCAGCUCUUAAUGCUGUCCAGCGUCUCCAUUGGCAGCUGAAACUCCAGGAGCUGGAGCCAGUUGUGUACAAGUGCACCUCCAUCUUCGAGAUACCCGAGUUCUACAUCCCCCUGGUGGAGGUCAACGACGACUUUGACCUCACGCCCAUAUGACCCGUGACCUUUAGGCUCGGACCGGAAGUCAGGGGACCGAUGAUUAGGAAGGAUCAUCUAGUGGCACAUCUACCGGUGAUGAAGAGAUGGAGGGAUGAAGGGAUGGAAAACGUGAGGCACUUGGAACAUGGAUGUGUGUAGAGAGCACCACGUGUGUGUGUGUGUGUGUGUGUGUGUGUGUGUGUGUGUGUGUGAGCAGCACUUCUCAACAUGUAGCUAUUUUACCACUGAGCUCCUAUGGUAGACACCACAGCCCUCCCUCCUACACCAAGUGGACUGGCCUUAUCCUCCCUAGUGGCACACUGACUGCUUAUUCUGUUCUGGACAGGCCUGGAGCUCCACCAAGGCUCGGGGGCCCGGACCAUUCACUUACCCCAGGGGGCCAGGGCCCGAGGCUGGGUAAAGGUUGGGUCAGCGCCAGGUGCUGCUGUCUGCUGAGAGGAGAGCGUGCCAGAGAGAGACCAAGCAUGGAUACUAUUCCCUAUAUAUGGCACUAUGUGAAGUGUAUAGAAAAUAGGGUGCACCUCCUGAUGUUCCCUAUGGAGUCGACCAUCUCUCUGCCCUCCUGAUGUUCCCUAUGGAGUCGACCAUCUCUCUGCCCUCCUGAUGUUCCAUAUGGAGUCGACCAUCUCUCUGCCCUCCUGAUGUUCCCUAUGGAGUCGACCAUCUCUCUGCCCUCCUGAUGUUCCCUAUGGAGUCGACCAUCUCUCUGCCCUCCUGAUGUUCCCUAUGGAGUCGACCAUCUCUCUGCCCUCCUGAUGUUCCCUAUGGAGUCGACCAUCUCUCUGCCCUCCUGAUGUUCCCUAUGGAGUCGACCAUCUCUCUGCCCUCCUGAUGUUCCCUAUGGAGUCGACCAUCUCUCUGCCCUCCUGAUGUUCCCUAUGGAGUCGACCAUCUCUCUGCCCCUCCUGAUGUUCCCUAUGGAGUCGACCAUCUCUCUGCACCUCCUGAUGUUCCCUAUGGAGUCGACCAUCUCUCUGCCCUCCUGAUGUUCCCUAUGGAGUCGACCAUCUCUCUGCCCUCCUGAUGUU